AUGGCGGCCUCGGGGUUUGAAGGGUUCGAGAAGAGGCUCGAGCUCCACUUCUCCGGCGACGACCCCACCUCUGGCAAAGGCGGCCUCCGUCGUCUCGACUUCCCCUCCCUCGAGAAAGUAUUGCACGCAGUGCAGUGCACCGUGGUCUCUGCAGUCGGCAACGCCCAUUUCGACUCGUAUGUCCUCUCCGAGUCGAGCCUCUUCGUGUACCCCACCAAAAUCGUCAUCAAGACAUGUGGGACCACUCAACUCCUCAAGUCCGUCCACCCGUUCAUCGACCACGGCCUCUCGUUGGGCCUCACCCUCCUCGGGUGUAGAUACACCCGCGGCAGCUUCAUUUUCCCCCAAGCUCAACCCUACCCCCACACUAGCUUUAAAAAUGAAGUCAUCUACUUAGAGUCAAACUUGCCAAAAAGUCUCACCCAAAAGAAGGCCUCCACAAUGAACUCCAAAUCCAACCACAAGUGGCAUGUUUUCACUGCUUUCGACGACGCGUACACGAUAAACUCGGUGGGCGCGAGCGUAGACGACUCCUACACCGUGGAGAUCUGUAUGACCGAGCUGGACCCCACCCUCGCCCGGAACUUCUUCCGGUUCGACGGAGGGAAACUCAACGGGGACUCGGCCGGGAAAGAGAUGACGAGGGCCUCCGGCAUACAAAAAAUUAACGAAAAUGCCCUCAUAUGCGAUUACGCGUUCGACCCUUGCGGAUACUCGAUGAACGGGCUUGACCUCGACCGCUACUCGACGAUACACGUGACGCCCGAGGACGGGUUCAGCUACGCGAGCUUCGAGUGCGUGGGGUCCACACGCGACGGGAGGGGAACGAUUCUCGAGGUCUUGAAGAGAGUGAUCGGGGUUUUCGGGCCCGGGAAGGUCUCAGUUUCGACGACGGUGGGGCCCGCGGUUAGGAAUAGUGUGUGGAGGGGUAUGGCGAAGGCGGUCGAGCCUCUAGGGAUGCGGCUGACCAGCUGCACGGCAGGCGAGUUCCCGAGCGCCGGGAGCGUCGUUUUCCAGACAUUCGUGGCCGACCGAAAAUGA